AUGGGCCAUGUGCUCUGUAAAGAUUUUGGUGGUGUAGGUGUCCUCCUUGUCCUAUGUGGGUCGUUGGAGCUCUCCUCUCCCUGUCCCAGAGACUGUAUCUGCUACACCUCUCCCAGCACCGUGUCCUGUCAGGCCCAUAACUUUCUGUCUGUCCCAGAGGAGAUCCCAGCCCAGAGCGAGAGGGUCUUCCUGCAGAACAACAAGAUCCAGCGUCUCCUGCGAGGCCACUUCAGCCCCACCACGGCCAUGCUGUGGCUUUACUCCAACAACAUCUCCUAUAUCCAGGCCUCCACCUUUCACGGCUUUGCCCGCCUGGAGGAGCUGGACCUGGGGGACAACCGUCACCUGAGGGCCCUGGCUUCAGAUACCUUCCAGGGGCUAGGCCGGCUACACGCCCUGCAUCUCUACCACUGUGGUCUUCUCAGCCUGCCAUCUGGGAUAUUCGAGGGGCUCAGCAGCCUGCAGUACCUCUAUCUACAGGACAACCAGUUGGAGUUCCUGGAGGAUGAUCUGUUUGUUGACCUGCUGAACCUCAGCCACCUCUUCCUCCAUGGCAACAGGCUAUGGUCGCUCCACCAGAACACCUUCAGGGGUCUGGGGAUGCUGGACCGUCUCUUGCUGCACCAGAACCGUCUGCAGUGGGUCCACCGUCUGGCCUUCCACGACCUGCAUCGCCUCACCACCCUCUACCUGUUCAACAACUCUCUGACUGAGCUGUCUGGAGCCUGCCUGGCUCUGUUGCCUGCUCUAGAGUACCUUAGACUCAACGACAACCUUUGGGAGUGUGACUGCAAGGCCCUGCCGCUGUGGGAUUGGCUGCGGAGGUUCCGGGGCUCCACGUCGUCUCUGGGUUGCGUUUCUCCUCCAGAGCUUCAGGGCCGGGACCUGAAGGAGCUGAGGAAAGAGGAACUACCCAGCUGUUCAGCAGGAGAAACCCAGGGAGGAGGUGUCAUAGGCGGGGAUGCCGAGCUGGGGGAGUCCCUGAAGAAAGAGGAGGACCAUCGACUCCAUCACAGGAACCACAGGCACCGCCAUAACCACCACCAGCACCCACACCUCCCACACGGGGAUCAGCACAAUGGGGUCCCUUCCCCAUCUCCCCUACCCCUGCCCAGGCUGCCCAAGGGGAGCCGCAGGAACUGUACCCGCAACAGGGGGCGUAAGGGAAAGGGAGGGGGUCUGGGGGGCUUGAAUGAGGUGCAGACACUCAGGGAGGGGGAGGAGAAGGACAACGCCACUGGAGGGGGUAAACACGACCCCUCUGCCCCUACUCGCAGGAGGAACAAGUGUGUCCCCAGGACUUCAGUUGGCCCGCCCAGCGGGGUCAAGAGAGCCAAUAGUAAUGCAGCGUCCCGCUCCGCUGGGACUUUUCUCUAUGUCCUAUUGGCUGUGCUGCUGUCACUCACUGUUGUGAUCCUCCUCUGA